AUGGAGUACUCUAAUGGAUUUCCUAGAAAAAGAGACGUUUCUCUUCAGGAACUUAGCAAAAGGCUCGCGGAGUUUGCUGAAGUAAGAGGAUGGGAUCAAUAUCACAGUCCCAGAAACCUUCUUUUAGCUCUUGUUGGAGAGGUGGGAGAGGUUUCUGAGAUAUUCCAGUGGAAAGGAGAGGUUGCAAAGGGGUUACCCAAUUGGAGUUCUGAUGAUAAAGAGCACUUAGAGGAAGAGCUUUCAGAUGUUUUGCUUUAUCUAGUGCGUCUCGCUGAUGUUUGUGGGCUAGAUCUUGGACAAGCAGCUCUGACAAAAAUAGUGAAGAAUGCUCAGAAAUACCCAGUUACUAGUACUGACCAUACGACCACUUCCACUUGCAACUAG